UGACUCCUGGCCUCAGUGGGAUGGGCAGCAUUGGCACGGAGAGGCGGAAGCUCCUGGUGAUGCCAGAGGAAGUCUUGUCCUUCUCUCUGUUUGAGCUUUGUUGGCGCUAUGUUUAGUUAUUCUAAACAAAAAAAUAAAACGAUAAACACAGGGAGGUGGGUUACAGUGCAGUGGUGACGCUGACACGGGGGCAGAGCAGCCCGAGCAGCCUGAGAUGCAGCUCUUGUCCUUGCUGUUCAGUGGGAGUGGAAGCGAUUUAAUACUCGGACACAGUGGUGACAAUAUGUUCGGCUUAUUGGAAGAAUCAGCUUGAGUUUUUUUUUUAAUGCCAGAGGAGCUCACAAGGCCUUGUUAAACUUGGACACUGCCACAAAGGAAUUUAACACUUUAACUGUUUUUCUUCUUCUUUUAUUUAGGACAUCAAGUAUGCUGGCAAUUUGAGAGGCUGCUGUGUCAGUCAAACCUUGAACCUACAUUAGGGGAAGAGAUGGGGAACACAGCGACCAAGUUCCGUAAGGCUCUCAUCAACGGGGAUGAGGUGCUGGCCUGCCAACUGUAUGAGAGCAACCAGCAGUUCAAGGAGGCUCUGGAUCCUAACGCUACAUAUGGAGAGUCCUACCAGCACAACACUCCACUGCACUAUGCUGCCCGGCACGCCAUGACACGCCUACUCAGGUCUUUUCUAAGCAAAGAUGGGAAUCCUAACAAGCGUAAUGUGCACAAUGAGACAUCUCUGCACCUACUCUGCAUGGGGCCCCAGAUCCUGACAUCAGAGGGGGCGCUGCAUCCCCGGAUCUCACGGCCAUAUGAAGACAAACAGCGUCGGGCAGAAUGUCUACAAAUCAUCCUAUCAUGGACCGGAGCAAAGCUGGAUCAUGGAGAGUAUGAGAGUGCUGAUGUCAAUGCCACUGACAACAAGAAAUACACCUGCCUGCACUAUGCUGCUGCCUCAGGCAUGAAGACUUGUGUAGAGUUUCUGGUGCAGAGAGAAGCGGACCUGUUUGCGGAGAACGAAAACCGCGAGACUCCAUGUGACUGUGCAGAGAAGCAGCACCACAAGGAGUUGGCCUUGUGCCUGGAGUCACAGAUGGUCUUCUCUCUUGCCCCUGAGGCAGAGGGUAUAGAGGCAGAGUACGCAGCUCUUGACCGAAGAGAGUUGUACGAGGGCCUGCGGCCUCAGGAUCUACGGAGGUUGAAGGACAUGCUGAUAGUGGAGACAGCCGACAUGCUGCAGGCCCCUCUCUUCACUGCAGAGGCACUGCUACGUGCCCAUGACUGGGACAAAGAGAAGCUCUUGGAGGCCUGGAUGAUCAAUGCUGAGGAAUGCUGCCAACGCUCAGGGGUACAAAUGCCCAACCCGCCUCCAACUGGCUACAAUGCUUGGGACACCUUGCCCUCACCACGGACGCCUCGCACCACCCGCUCCUCCAUCACCUCCCCAGACCAAAUCAGCCUCAUGCCUGCUGAUGAGGAGGUUUCUCUGUGUGGUAUCUGCAUGUCUUCUAUCUCCGUCUUCGAAGAACCUGUUGAUAUGUCCUGUGGCCACGAGUUCUGCAGAGGAUGUUGGGAGGGGUUUCUAAAUCUAAAGAUCCAAGAGGGUGAAGCCCACAACAUCUUCUGCCCGGCCUUUGACUGCUACCAGCUCGUGCCUGUGGAAGUCAUUGAGAGUGUGGUGUCUAGAGAGAUGGACAAGCGUUACCUCCAGUUUGACAUAAAGGCGUUCGUGGAGAACAAUCCAGCAAUCCGCUGGUGUCCUCAGGCAGGGUGUGAAAGGGCGGUGAGACUGAACAAUCAGGGACCGGGGACCUCCACCUCAGAUUCUCUUAGCUUUCCCCUUCUUAGGGCCCCUGCUGUAGACUGUGGAAAAGGCCACCUCUUCUGCUGGGAGUGCCAAGGCGAGGCCCAUGAGCCUUGUGAUUGUGAGACCUGGAAGCUGUGGCUGCAGAAAGUCAAUGAGAUGAGACCUGAGGAAUUGGCUGGUGUGAGUGAAGCUUACGAGGAUGCAGCCAACUGCUUGUGGUUGCUCUCAAACGCCAAACCCUGCGCCAAUUGCAAGUCCCCAAUACAGAAAAACGAGGGCUGCAACCACAUGCAGUGCGCUAAGUGUAAGUAUGACUUCUGCUGGAUCUGUCUGGAGGAGUGGAAAAAGCACAGCUCAUCAACAGGAGGCUACUAUCGCUGCACACGCUAUGAGGUCAUCCAGCAGGUGGAGGAGCAAUCAAAGGAGAUGACUGAAGAGGCAGAGAAGAAACACAAGAGCUUCCAGGAACUCGACCGUUUUAUGCACUACUACACACGCUUCAAAAACCAUGAACACAGCUAUCAGCUCGAGCAGCGGCUGUUAAAAACAGCCAAAGAGAAGAUGGAGCAGCUCAGUCGAGCCCUGAGUGGAAGGGAAGGAGGCCCACCUGACACUACAUUCAUUGAAGAUGCGGUCCUAGAACUACUAAAGACUCGACGCAUCCUCAAGUGCUCUUAUCCUUAUGGGUUCUUUUUGGAGCCCAAAAGCACAAAGAAAGAGAUCUACGAGCUUAUGCAGACGGACUUGGAGAUGGUGACUGAGGACCUAGCACAGAAGGUUAACCGGCCUUAUCUGCGAACACCGCGCCACAAGAUCAUCCGUGCAGCAUGUCUGGUGCAGCAGAAGAGGCAGGAGUUUCUGGCCUCAGUAGCCAGGGGAGUGGCCCCGAAUGACUCUCCAGAGGCCCCCAGGCGCAGCUUUGCUGGUGGAACGUGGGACUGGGAAUAUUUAGGCUUUGCAUCACCUGAGGAGUAUGCAGAGUUCCAGUACAGGAGGAGACAUAGGCAGCGGAGGCGAGGCGACAUGUCCAGUCUCCGGAGCAACACACCCGACCCUGAUGACCCCAGUGACAGCAUUUCAGACACACAGGACAUUGGAGGUGGACGGAGACAUGGUGCUCUCAUGCAGGGUCUUGGUUCUUUGGAUGACGAUGACCCAAACAUUCUACUAGCUAUUCAGCUGUCACUCCAGGACUCGGGGAUGGUGGGGAGUGGGUCCAGCCAUGACAUCCUUGCUAAUGAAGCCUCGCUCGGUGCUAUCGGCACCUCUCUGCCUUCUAGGCUUGAGCAGAGUGCUCCAGGUGUAGAGGUCCUCACCAGAGCUUCCCUAAGCAGCUCAGAACUGCUGGAGCUGGGAGAUAACUUGGCUAGACUUGGCAACAUCAACAUCAGCAGCCAGUACUCCACUGCCACUGCCUCCGUACAGCACUGUGACAGUCACCACCGGGCCUACAGGGCUUCUGUGCCGAUACCAGUGGCUCCAGGUGGCAGCAACUCUUCAACAGGCCUCUUCUCCUCUUCUAGUGACACGAUAGAUUCAACCACAUGCGGCAGCCACGACCCAUCCUCAUCCUCUGCGUUAGCAGCAAAUGCUAACCUGCUGGGCAACAUCAUGGCUUGGUUUCACGACAUGAAUCCUCAAGGUAUCACCUUGGUCCCCCCAACCUCCCCUGACACGGAUUCAAACCUUGACAAGCUCCUUGCAGAUGGAGGUGGGUGCCUGCAGGAUGACGAGAAAGGUGGGGACGCUCUGCCUGGAAACAGAAAACCUCAGGAAGUGAUGGCAGAUGUGGGUUUUUGCUCUCAGAGACUGAGUGACAUGGAGGAAAAGGAGUGUGCUGUCGCUGAGAGGCCGACCCAGUUAGAUCUAGUUGGGCUGGACACCAUGUCCCUACCUUACAUGGCCACCCUCGACACAAGUGGAGACCAUGCCGAACGGGGAGGCUCCAAGGUCUGUCGUGUUGACACUCCGCAAUGUAACUCCAUAUCGGACCAACUACCCAGCACCAGUUCGUCUGAGUGUUAGGACCAAGUGCAUUUGGUAUGAAGUGAUUGGCUGAGAUGGGAAGGAGCUUUUUUUGGAAAUGCCAAAAAAGAGAGAGAGAGAGAGAAAGAUUGCAAAUUUGGAAUAUGUGUAAUAGCUAUUCAGGUGGAUUAUAUACAGAAUGAAGAAUGUGUUCAUUGGAGAGAAGGGGAGGAAGCUUAGUUUAGCACUGCAGUUAGGUUUGCUGUGUUUACUGUAUUGUCAGCCCCCAACAACCAGCCCUGCUGCAAAGAAAGCACUAAGUGAAGGAGAGAUUCCAGUUCAUAUAAAUUUUCAAGGAUAUAUUUCCUCUAGUGACUCUGUGCUGGUAGAAAUAUGAGUGUUGCUUGUUUUCUGAAAUCAAUUUUAGAGGAGAUAAGAAUUUAGAAACUUUUGUUUAGUGCAGGUAUUCCUUUUUUUUUUUUUCUUCCACUGGAGUAAAAGCCUACUGUAUGUGUCUGAAUCAGGUUUGAGGGAGGAAUUUCAACUGUAUAUAUGAGCAGAUUCACAUUUUUUUUUGCUCCAAUACUCAAUCUGUGGUGGUACAGGCUGGGGAAUGUUUCACUCCUGUCCAAAUCUGCCUACUUUAUGGGUGCCAAACACUGACUAGCAAAAGCACAAUUUGCAGUCACCAAGUGGAUUCUUCAGAGCAAAUUGUGCCUGCUUGUUACAAUCUCAACGACUCAGCUCAACUUAAAUGUGAAAGUCUCGAGCCAUAUUUUUAUUUGAGAUUGCGGCUGAGUGAUAUUUUCAAGUCUAAAAGCUCUAGCGUGCUGUGUAACUCUGUAGUUUAAAACCAUAAUGGUUGUGUUCUUAAUUAUGUAAAACAUUCACACAAAGAUGAAUUAUUCAAAUGAAAAGUUGGCCUGCUCAAAAACAUUUCAAAAUUGAGUUGACAAUGGUUAUUCAUCUCAAAGCUUUCAAUCCAAACACACUUGCAGUGGGGGACGUGAUCUGAUCUUCAAAAACCACAAACGCUGAUGGGCUUCAGUGUCAUUCAGUUCAGUAUAUUAUGAAUUCCAUUGUUGCUCACUUAAAUUGAUGUUUGAGUAUGGCAGCUGAAUGUGGAGCGUGAUUAGACGGUCGACUAAAUAGACAGCGAGUAGUCUGAUUUAUACACUGCAAGAAAGACCGGUGAAAGAGGUAAUCAGGCAAUCCCAUUCGAACUUUGGUGAAUUAAUUAUUCAAACCCUGGUCACUGUAAGUUAUCUCUGGGUUGUAUUUAAGUGUAACAUAAGCAAAGCUUUCUUAGAGCUCUGCAGAUGUCCCGGACUGCAGGGAUAAUGCACAGAGAAUUCAUGAAUGUGUGUUGCAUCUCAAACACAUGGGGAGUCCAUGUCUUUGAAACAGUUCUCUACGCAGUUAGAGAUACAGUGCCUUUAUGUCAAUCACUAUUAUUUAAUUUUUUUUCACACAUUUUUCUGAGUGCUAAUUACACAGUAUUUACAGUGUAAACAAAACAAACACCUGUUACCUUAAAGUUAUCUUAUGAAGUUUAUAGUGUGCAAACAUGAUUUUUUUUUCUUUUUUUCAUUAAAAUAUUUGUAGCAUGAGGCUUUUUGUUGGUUCUAGUAGUGUUGUGUUAAUGGAUAACACUGAUUUUAUAUGAUUUGGUAUAAAGGGUAACAGUUAAUAGACAGUUCAUAGUUUCAAAUCUUGUUCCCAAAUAUUUUGAAAAAACAACAUUUUUUUCUUCUUUUUUUUGUGCAGAGGGGCUUCUUGUCCGACACUUUGAAAGAGUUUUUCUGUUUUUUCUGUGGUUUAGAAACUAAAAUCACUGUAUGGACUUUGGAAUGAGUUGACCUACUGUAUGUGUAUCAUGUAUCUUACCUGAAGACACUAAAAUGGAGGAAAGUUGCAAUAUAAAGUUUAUCUGAAAUAAAUCAGAUCCAUUAAAGGACAUGGAUUGUGUAUAACCAACAUGAAAUGAAACACAUUGAUCAGUGUUUUACCUUUUAAGACAUAAGAAUUAUGUUUGUACAGACUAAUGUCUGACUGAAGUAAUUAUCUUCUGUUUCUCUAGUAGACAUAUAGAGCCACAUUAGAACUUAAAAUAGCGAUUGCUUUGAAAAGUGUCUUGAAGUUGUGAAGUUGAGUGCCACAUUGCUGGUGGAGCUUGGUUAAUGAAAGUGGGUUGAACAGAGGAGCUAACACAUGUUGCCCUUCUUGUGUAACUGUUUGCUGUGCAUGAAAUGGGUAUACGUCUAAAUGGAAUUUGUACUUCCUUUGUAUUUCACCUCUAAUGUCCAGGUGAUUUAUUUUAAAAUGGCAUAUAACAUUUUGUAACUCAUUGAGAUUUUCUAUUGUAAAGCAACUAAUCCUUGAAAUGCUAUUUGCACUUUCAUAGUCUAUACUUGAUACAUUCCCUCUUUAUAUGAAAAAUGUUUGAUGUGUGAUGCCAAUAAACUAUGUGUUGAGUUUUAA